AAAAUGAAUGAAUCUACAUUUUAAAAUAUGUCUAUAUACAUCCGUAUGUAGUAGUCAUUUGAAAUCUCUAAAAAGACAAAUAUUCAGGAAAGGAGGGAGUACAAUAUAGGUAUUCCUAUCGAUUGCUGCCCAACUGGACUAUUUCUUUCACUCAGCAACAAAAUAUUAAUAAUUGUGCCGAUCUACACCCAACUCUAUCAACACGAACUUCAAAAAGUCUUGGCCAUUGGUUGAAUUUUUCCUUCAUAAGUGCCAACAAAUCAAUUAUCCUUGUGUGCUUGUGAUGUUUUCCUAGAUUUUGCGUAUUUGUUUUUUUCUUUUGGCACUGGGUACUUGUUUACUUGAUGUUACUAUGUAGCAUGCACACAGAAUUGAAAUUCACAAAUGAGAUGCAUGCGAUUGUUGUCUUGAGCGGCGCUAAAGGAGGGGUUGCCUGACUAGUUAAAAAUGUCUCACUAUGGGCAUCUACAACGGCGACCUACGAAUUUCCUCUCGCAUCCGUCCGCGAAAAAGGAAGGACCAGUCCACGGAAACGGAUGCGGGAGAUCGCCAUCCAUCGCUUCCCGCAUACAUUUCAAACACUUCUUCAACAAACCGAAUGAAAUUCAUGCAAACACGGCUAGAUUUCAUACAAACAUAAUGGAUUUCAUACAAAAUGGACGAAAACGUUUACAUUUUGGACAUAUUUUUAACUAAAAACGAUACCGGACUAAGAUAAAACUAGUCUAUGGCCGGCGCCAGUGGAUAUCCAUUCCGACGAUAUGGAUACCCUUGACUAGUCUACUGCCGGCCGCGGCGGAUCUCUAUUUGACGGUGCAAAAUACUAUCAAUUCCCUCGGUUGGGGUCCAAGGACAGCUGAAAGUCCUGAAUCGGAGGUCACACGAGGGGUUUAUCCAAAUUAGGGCCUCCAGAGAGUAAUACCCUACAUCCUGCUAGUUUCCGUUAUUCAUGGUGAAGGAAUACCUCGUGCAAGGGGUUAUAAUGGUGUAUGAUACUAGUACCGAGAGUUUCCUAUCUAUGGAUAGAUGAUGAAUGAGGACCCUAUACCUCCCUUUAUAUAGGCAGGAGAGGUCUAGGAUUUACACGGUAGAUGCGAUCUGCGGCGCUGCCGCCCUCUUGUCUUGAGACCACGAAGGUCGCCUCGCCUCCUAGGGUUUGCUCAUGGCAUUGGGCCUAGUGGUCCCCUUGUAGUUGAUGAGGUUGAGCUCCCUGGCGAUAGCCACCCCCUGUACAGGACCCCGUCAUCAUUGUUGUCCCCAUGUACGGUAGCCAUGAGCCUCGGAGGUAUAUGCUUCACUGCAAAGGGCAGCUCGCUUCCCCAUAGCUCAUCGGGGUGGAAUCGACAGUUGAUGCUUCAACUGGAGGGGAAGUGUCCCUACGCUGCACGGAUCAAAGUUGGUUUUGGGUAACGGGACGACGGUGGCCUGCAAGACACACCAACUGUAUACAUCGGCGUCGCCUCGGCGGUGACCUUCAUGGGACCUAAGCGACGGCGGCCUCCCGUGUUCUACUUCUCCUCGAUGAUGGUGGGGGCGACGGACGUGUCGGGUGCCGCCCCGUUGAUGUGUGCGUAGCUGGCAUCUUUCUCUGCCGGCAGAGCACGGUUACGCGCCGUUGACGGCGGAUGGCGCGGUACGAUGCGGCGUGGUCCACAGCAGCGACAAUGCCCAUGUUGGCUUGGAGCAACUCGCCACACCUCUGUGAGCUAGCUUGAAGCGGCGAGUUGCUGAACCACGCGCCGGCUUGGUGUGGCAACUUGCUUUGUCAGUCUAGGUGAUGGAGGAGGAGCAGCGAGCUGCCUCUCUCGUAUCUGGCGGGGGCUCGACGGGCCAUCCAACCGGCUUUUAUGCCAAAGAACUGUUCUUUCUACUAGUCGGAUGCCAUCGAAAAGGUGGAGAAAAGAGAUGGGGAGCGACGGAGUGGUGUUAUUCUUGGCCGGUGUCUGGCCUCCUUUAAAUAGCAGGCGGACAGAAGGAGCUUGCCCGACAUUGUGUUUAAUGUCGGCCCGGUCGUGAACGAACGUGUGACCGGAGUAGGUUUCUCGGCUUUCAUGUGGGUUUAAUGGAGGCAUUUGAAUGCGGCGAGGAGGCGUGCUUAGUCGAGCAUGCAGCGGGCGGAGCCCUCGGUCGGCGCGCCGCUUCAAUGGCGGAGGUAGUCGCGUCCGCCCUGAGCCAUCUAAAAUGUGGAGUGGCGCACUCUACACCAGCAUGCAUGUGAGUAGCUAGCGCCGGCCGGGAACGAGUGCGGGCGAUGGAGGAGGGGAUUUGGGUGGACCAGGGCGGUCAGAAGCGGGGCUUAGAUGGUGUCCGGACGCCCACAAAGCCUUUAGAUUGUUCCCGGUUUGCGGGAGAAAGUACGUCCGCGUUGAAUGACUUUCGUGGUCCGCACAACAUGAUUCGGACAUAUGCGGGUGAUUUGAGGGUCGGAGAUGCCGUAACACACUCCAUUUUUUCAUGGUCGUGAAGUUUACAAGUUAAAGAAUGUCCCACCAACGCACUCCUUUUUUUUGCCGUGGUUGUGAAGUUUCCUAGAGUUUGUGUACUUAGGAUCUUUUAUUUUGGGAUCCCUUUAUUUUGCCCAUUGUGCUACAUGACUCAAGCUUUUGUGAGCGGUUUAUCUUGGACUUUUCCAUGCACGAAUUCGCAAAAGAAAUGUGUGCAUUUUUAUAGUAGGAGGGUGACUUGGGUUUGAUCUAACCUUUGACAUGAAAAAAUAUGAAUCCUUUCAGGAUCCAUUACGUGUCCAAGGCCUUUUGUUCAUCUUUGCAUCCAUUAUCUUGCCCCAAGUUUUUUUGACCCAACUGCAAGAGUGAUGCUCUAGCAAAUGGGCUAUAUCCCCCCGAGCCAAGUGGUCGUCUUUUGAAUAUAAAUUAUUGUAAUAUUCAUAUUAAAAUAUUAAUGAAUUACGACGAAAAUUCAUUUAGAUCUUCUUUCUCCAAUCUUGGAUUAGGAAAGAAUGAGAUAUUCACAAUCAUUGGUGGUUUCAUUUUCUCAUUAUUAGUGUUUAUAGAUUGGAUAAGCGCUUGCGACAUAUAAUAGAGAUAAAAGCAUUGCCAAAUGCUCAUUCAUUGAAAAUCAAAACCAUGCAGACAGGAAAAGAAAAAUGUAGAAAACAAUGAAUGAUCAAGAUUUAUCUAAAAUUCAUGUGUUGGAUCCGAACCACACAUCAAGGCGUAGUUUUACUUAUGACACAAUUUUCCUCCUAUAAUUAUUGUUGGUUUUUAUUUUAUUGUGUAGUCUACAUUUUGUGUCGUCAUGCUUUUAUCAUUUUAGCAUCAACUAUAAAGCCCAAGGGUUGUGUGAAUGUAGUCGUUAGGCUUCUGCUACCGUCGGCCCAAAGUGCACCGCCACCCAACAGUAGCACGUUUGUGUGAGGCUUUUAGCCAAGGAAAAUGCUCGGCUUCAGUCGGCUGAUUCCUCGAUAGUAAUCCACCGCGUCGGCUGGGUGCUACGCGUCCUGCUGUGGACCUUAUCUCUUCGCUCUGUCUCCUACCUUUCUCUUUCACCUAUAUCUCCCCCCAAUUGCCAAGCUCUUCGCUGCUACUCGGGGCGUACCUCGAUUGGGGCCGCUGAAGGUGAUAUGAGGGGCACCUAGGUGCUUCAGGGGACACACGCGUUACUGUGAUGGAGGCGUUGGGAAUGGGGCAAGCGCCCUACGUGUCACCGCCGUAGCCGCAUGCUUCAUCGGUCCAUCCCCGCAUGCAUCACGCGAGCCGUUCACUAUGAUUGCAACAUAACCGGUGUUGCGAAAACUUAGUCAGUGUUGGAGAAACGUAGCCGCUUCAAAAACAUCUCGUGCUUCAACAACAACAGCGGAGAUGCAAGACAGAGGUAACCGCUAUGGUGGGAUGUUUCUGAAACAUGGUCUAUGUUGCAGAAGUCUAUGAGACUACGAAAAAAUCCAUAAUAUAAUCUUUGUUGCAAAUGUUUUCACAAUACAAGCUCUUUGCAAAGAUACGUAUCACAAUCUCUGUUUCUGCAACACGAGCUCUGUUGCAAAGCUUCUACACCAUUACUUUUGCUGCAAUGAUGGUACGGGGCUGGGCCACUGUGCCAGACCUAACGACCGCGGAGCCGGCGGAUUUUCUAAAAAGAUCCGUCGGCCAACGCAUAGCACGCCCCUUUAGCCAAUUAGGCUUUUUUUCUUUUUCUCUUUUUUACGGAUGAGACGAGGACGUCGUAAGAUUUUGCAGUCAAGUGCGCUCAUGUGGUUGUGGUGAGUGAUUCCACCAAACAAGUCAUGUACACUUUGGAUGCUCUAACACAGCUCAAGCUACCUAAUAAUUAAUUCCUGCGGAAGCCUGCUGCUAUCAUGGACGGGAACGUCUCUUGGAGCAUUUCCAACACCACUCCCAAAGCGACACACUAUUGUCGUUCAACUCUGUCCUCUAAACAUCUGCUCCUGCUUUUUUUUUACUUAAGUCCACAACACUGAAAAUAAUAGUUUAUCAAAUCUUUGAGGAGUGAAAAUAUUAAAAUGCGACAAUAGUUUAAAUGUAAAUAUUAUCACAAUCCAACUCAGUUGAAGUAAAAUAGUUGAAACUUGAAUUAAACUCACACAUAUGUAACUGCGCAUACAUGCUCAAUCAAAUCUUCCUUAAGCUGCUUAUGAGUUGCUUAAUGCCGAAUUUGUUAAUGUAUUUGAACAAAUUCAUCAAAUGUUGCCGGAUUCUAAUUUGGAACUUGGAUACGAUUUUGCGGACUUCUCGCGCGUGUGUGUGGUGUGUACUUCUGUAUGGAUAUUGUGGCUCAGGUGGUUUGCUUUAUAUAUAAAGCAGGGCGAAAGCCUUUUUCGGUGGAUAUGAUCACCCAUAUUCUCAACUUCCAGACCUCCGGCAGCAUCUUCAACCUCAUUCCAUGAUUAUGUUGUGCAUGAUCACACAUCAUGUCAUCACCUCCCACAAGGUCUUUGGAUCCCACUGUUUAAUAGGUCCACGAACAACUGCACAACGGGCUUGAGCACUCCAAAUGCCCUCUCCACAUCCUUUCUAGCCCCUUCUUGUCUUUGGGCAACUUCUUGUCUCUGGGCAAAGUGAGCUCUUUUCAGACUAACUGGCUCAGAAAUGGUCUGGAGGAUAGAUACCGUCAACCAGAGCGUCAAUGAGCGUCAAACGCUCCCGUGCCCUGUUCCGAUUGAGCAUCCUAUGACCCUUAUAGAUCCCUUAAAAUUGAGAACAUGAUCUUUCACACACUCUGUGUCUACAAGGACCUCCCGCAUCAUCGUCGUUUUAUCCGCAUAAUCCUCCUCAUCGGACGACUCAACGUUGCGCUCGUAGAUGUACUUCAUAUCCGAAUCCAUUGCUUGAAAGAAGGGAGAUAGAUUGUCAAAAUUUUAGCAUGAGCAUUUCACCAAAGACUUCCUGGGCAUGGUGAUCCCCACAGACGGCAUCGUACCUGCAUGGCGGGCAAACAAGAUAUGUGCAACUCCAAUGUAGGAAAAGUGGUUUGGCGAUCAGGUGGCGGCGGAUGUCACGGAAGUCUGGCAAGGGCUUGGCGGGCUCCCGAGGCGGUACAACGACGAUGUCGAGCAGGGAGGAAGCUGAUGCAGAUAAAAGGGAAUGGGAUGGAUCCCCCGGUCCGAGUGUGGUUUUGGGUGGAUGCGGCUAAAAGGGAAAUGGAAUCCCCUGGUCCGGGUGUGAUUUUGGAUGAGCCAGGGAUGUCGGAGUCCUAUGUGGCAAAGGUUCUGGACUCCUGCAAAGCCUCUAGUUUGCUUAGUUUUGCAGGAAUACGGACAUACAGACUGUUCAACACACUGAUGCCUGAUGGCGUUGAAUGGAAGCUAUUUGAGGGGCCGCUUUGGAGAUUGCCCUUGUACUGCAAUCUGAGCAGGGCAAAAACAUUAGGGUGCCAAACUGGGAAGAUUUGAUAUUACCUCUGCUUCCGUAAUGUACAUUAGGGUCCCUUAUACUGCGUUUCAUUAUCUUAUUAUUAUAUUGCCUCUGCUCCCGGGCGCCCCCACCCCCGGCAUCUCCAAAUCCCUGGACGCCCCCACCCCCGGCAUCUCCAAAGUCCAAAUCCCUAGCCUCCUUCCCCUCUUUCGCCGCCAGGAGCGCAGGAGGGAGUCGGUGAGGAGUGGCUGCACAUCGGCAAGCAGGAGAGAGUCCGUGAGCCGUGGCUGCACAUCGGCAAGCAGGGCAGGGGCCCUGGGAUGGGGAAGAAGAAGGGAAGGAGGCAGCACAGAGCAGCUCCAAAGAAACCAGACCGCGGUGGGGAUGAGUACUCGCAGGCCAGACGGAGGGCUGAGGUCAAGGCGGCAGCCAGAGCCCAAGCAGUGCGACCUCAGAAGUUCUCGGAUAUCCCCAGGUACGAAAUCAAGACAAAUCUGACCGUAAAACAGCUACAGGCAUUCUUCACCAGAAGAAGGGGCCAUUUUAGUGAUGUUCGGUCGACUGCCUGUGGGACUGUUCCCGUCACCCCACCUCACCCAAAGAAACAAAAACCUAAGAAUGAUACUAAGGUUGAUUCCUCAGAUGAUGAUGACAGUGAUGACGGUGAUGAGGGUGGAGUUGAGAACAUCAUUACUUAUCAUAUCGUGGUCUUCAUAAGUGUGAAUGGUACACUUGAGUCUUUGGUAACAGAUUAUGAUGGCUAUGUGGAUGCGUUUAGGCCACAACCAAAGAAGGAAGGUGACAAUAGUGGUUGGUUCUAUUUUGAGAACGUCGAGUUGCCUGCCCAUCUUUUCGGCCAAGAUAACAUGAAGCUGACUUAUGGCUCAGGCUAUAUAAACCAGGAAGCCGUGGAGGUUGGUGAUGGUUUUUUGGACAGAAUGGUCGAGGUCUUGUUGGGAUUCAAUCGACAGAACUUUCAGGAGCAGAGCAAUGAGAGGCUAAGGAUGCUUGAGACGUUGAUGGUGUUUCUGGGGGAGGCCCAACGGCUCCCAAUCAUUCUGAGAUUUGUAAUCAUAAAUUUCAAGGCUCAACCAUGGGUGGCUCUGGGAGUAAUUCUUGCAAUGUGGACAAAUAAUUGGUCGAAAGGCUGUAAUGCAACUCUGCACGUGAUGCUUGCUUUGCUCGCGAAGGAGCUGCUGAAGGAGCUCGAAAGCAAAAAGGUCUCUGAGAGCAGGAAAGAUGCUUUGAAAAAAGAGACUGGCCAUAGAUUUGUAAAGGCCAAGAACUUCUUGUCAGCGUUUGUUGCAGAAAAGGUCCCAGUUACACAAGAAGAGCUUUUGAGAAGCAUACCUGAGAGGUUUUUGGACUUGAUGCCAGCAUGCUUCUUGGGUGAGAUGUGGAGGAUGCCCAAGGGGCUUGUAGAUGGUAAAAUACCUGAAGAACCUGUGUUUGGUGCUAAUGAAGCAAAGAACACAUAUUCUCUUCCACUUUUGAUUUGCUAUUUCCAAUUGAUGAAGUAUGAGGUGAAUCUGGUGCCUCAGCUCAUUAUGCGUCAGGAUGGCUACAAGGAGGCACAUGAAGUGCUGAAGUAGUUCCUGGACAUGGUCCGUUGGUUCCUUGGUGGAGGUGAUGAAGAGAAGGAGAGUUGAAACUUUUUUCAGGCUUUAGUUGGUGAUCUGAACCAGCGGAAUUGCAACGUAAUCUGGAGGCAUUUCUCUCUUAAGUUUUUAUGCCUGGCAAAACCCAUUUUUCCAUGACAAAUUGACAAUACUGGAGCUGAACUUGACUUGAAAGCUUGUGAAGUUUUAGCCUUUGUUCCAGCACCUACCUACUGCUCUCAUUUCUUAGUUUCUAGAUUUGUGGAAACAAAGUCAAACCAUCAUAUUUAUCAUCAGAUCUUGUGGCGGCCACUUUUCUUCACAUCAACUGUUGACUUACAAACGGAGUACUGACACUUUUUUGGAUGUACAAAUUUUUUGGGAGAAGCAGACGAGGGUCAGAAUAACUCUUGCUUCCCUUCAUGGCUUGGGUCAUUUAUUUAAACAGCUCCUAGUUAUUGAUUUUAAUUUAGUAUUAUUCAUGGUUUGGCAUUGUACACUAUGUUGUGCCUUUUGCAAUGUUUGUUUGCCCCUUCAUGAUUUUGCAUUGUA